GAAAUGCAUUGCACUACAAACAUGGCUGCCCCGCUCAACAACAAACCGGACUGUUGGAGAAGCCCAGAAGUCUACAAACAUCAUGAACAGCAGAAGGUGUGCAUUUCUCGACCGAAAUACCGGGAAGGGAGAAAGGCUAAAGCGGUUAAGGUGUACACUGUGAAUUUGGAAUCCCGUUACCUGAUGGUUCAAGGGGUUCCAGCCAUCGGUGUGAUGACGGAGCUGAUCCAGCUGUGUGCGCUGUACGGCACUGUGGAGGAGUACCGACCCCUGGAUGAAUAUCCCGCUGAGGAAUUCACAGAGGUCUACCUUGUCAAGUUUCAAAGACUACCAAGUGCUAGGGCAGCAAAGCGUAACAUGGAUGAGAAGAGUUUCUACGGUAGUGUGCUGCAUGUGUGCUACGUCCCAGAAUAUGAGACAGUAGAGGACACACGGCUGAAGCUGCAGGACAGGAGGAGUUUUAUAGCAAGAGCCGCUCGGAAUAGAGCAAAAGAAAAAGAAAAGACAGAUGCUGUUCAAGAGAGUCCUGCAUCAUCAGUGAAAAUCCCCGCCCGACAUGAGGAAACAUUUGAAAAUAAAAACACAAGAGAUGCUUCAGCCCCGAGCCACUAUUCAGAGUUUCCUCCGCUGCCAUUGCCUCCCCAAGAACUCAAGAAUUCAUACAGACAGAAAAAUCACAGUGGAAUUGUACAAAAAGAAGACAAAAUGGGGACUCUGCAUAAUGCCAUUUCCAACGUAGAACAGCAAGAGUUGGAGAGUUUUGGCUCCAACCCAACCGCCUCUAAGAGUGACCAAGGACCAGAAGGGAGACUAUUUACUCCAAGGGUUGCUCACCUGGAGAACAGGAAGCGUAAAAUAGAAGAGUCUAAUGAGAGUGCAGUGAAUGUGUCUGGAGAAAAUGAGCCGUUCAUUGGACCUAAACUACCAGAACAACCAAAACUUGACAUGGAAGAUGACUCUUUAAACACAACUCUCAACCUGAUCAGGAGCACAAUGAAGCAGGUGGGAUCAGCUCCAGAUAUUAGACCUAUUCAGAAAAAAGCCAAACCGCGUCGCCGGAUAUAAACUGGACAGACAUCGACCAAUGUUUUGUAAAUUGGAUCUUUCAUUUCUUAAACAUUGUAAGUCAAAGUACAUUAGAUCAUAAUAAAAUAAAAACAGAGUUGAAAGUGUA